AUGUAUCUAGCUUCAUCUUUGCCAGUAGGGCUCCCAGCAAGGGGCGUGUCGGAGCGUACUAUACUAAUCGCCCCACUGCACACCUCUUUGGCAGACUACCCCAUUCUCCUUGAGCCGGACCUGAAGCGUGAAAGUGAUGUAGCUGGCUAUGAAUCACUGGCUGUUAAAGCGGCAGAAGCGCCCUAUCGGGCUCCGACUCAACAGCCGGAUUUCUGUUUCCUCGAGUCACUGCUAGCAGCCAGGGCAUCUGCUCUAGAGGAUCAUCUCUGGGCCCUCCGUGAAGAUCCUGAAUACUUCGCAUCGUACCUUGUCGAUGCUGGUGAGCAUCAAAUUGUACACUUGAAAGACCCCGAGGCAAAUGACCACCCUCUACUCUCACAGAAGCUGCGCUGGUGGACUUGCGUCGUUAGUUCUCUGGUGGGAGAGGCAUAUCUGACUGCGGAGAUUGUGUCUGAGGGUGGCAGAUUAGCCGACAAGGUAGCGAAACUGCAGAGGAAGUAUGCGACGGAGAUUGUCCCUUCGAGCGACUUACCCGAGGACUACCUGCAAGCCCUUCUCCAAUUCCGUUACUUCCUCGACCGUGUUCCAGAUCUACUACAGGGUAGUCUCUGGCACGCAUGCCACCCUUCGCCGCCCUUGCGAAGAUUUUGGAUGCGUGAGCCGUCACGCGGUGGUUCGGAGUCAGUCCAUGUCUGGAUGAACAUGAAAAACGUUAAUAACGAAGGUAAAGUCCAGCACCAGGUAGUCUGGUCUCUCACCUUCCUUUCAAAAGAUAACCAAGUGUUGGAUAUCAUCAGUACGCGUGUCCUCACUGACGAGCUUGAGAGGCUGCUCCAAUCCGAGCCACGCGCACGAGCAAUGUUGACUCCGUACGUUGCGGCCAUUGUGGGAGACCUGUCACUCCUGGCGCAGUGUGCCAAUCAGUUUGAUCAAUACCAGCCAUGGAGUCGGACCUGGGACGAUGUGGCGAAGAAGCGGGAGGACGCGUUAGCGGCCGAGUACAGCAAGCGUUUCAAAGCAUAUUCGCGAUACGCCGACUCUCUUUCAGAUGACAGCUUGACCGACGCCGGCGCAAUUUGCGAUCCAUCCGGUGGCAAAUUUUACUAUCCGUUUGAAAAGCGACGCACCAAAGAAACCGUCGACGCCCUACGCAGCGCUGAACGCAAACUGGACGCCGUCUGGGCCGCCAUCGAUCGUUCUUUGUGCACCAAGUCUGGCAACUUGCGUGGCACUGCCGCAGGGAAGCUCCUCUCCCUGCAGAACAUCCUUCGCCGUACACCCGAAUGGGAGGGCGCUGGGUCUGAAAACACGCGUUCAAUCCCAUCCGCUAAACGUGGGCUCCAUAACACUUAUCAUCCCAUGUCAGCGAUUUACACCAAGCUGCGCGGCAAUGCAUUUGUCCUUUCCCAGCUUAACGAACAGGCGCGUAACGCACCGCAGCCAUUCGGCACCGUCGGCAAGUCCGAAGAAUCAUCUGCGGCUCCUCUUUUCGCCGUCGAUGCCCGCGCCCUCAAGGUGUUCCGCACCCUGUUUUCCAAUCCCGUCGUCACCACUACGCCUGCUGAGGUCACUUGGAACGAUUUCUUCCACGCGAUGACCUCCGUGGGCUUUGCUGCGUUGAAGAUGCAUUGCUCCACGUGGCACUUCACGCCGACAAAGCCGAGGAUCAGCGCGGAUCGAAGCAUCCAGUUCACUGAAUUCACCGGCAAGCUGUCUGCUACAGCCAUCCGUGUCUUUGGCCGCAGGCUUAACCGUGCGUCUGGAUGGGAUGGGGGCAUGUUUGGCUUGGAUGAGAAGUAA